CCAAAGACUCCCGCUCCUGGCGGAGGAGGGGGCGCAGUGGGCUCAGGCGGCGCCAAGGGAAGGGCGAGGCCAUGGUGCUGCGGAUCCCGCUGCGCCGGAGCGCCAGCUUCACCCCGGACCACCAUUCUGCCGGGGAGACGCCGCCUGCCGCCCCACUCAAGGUGGAAGCCAAUGUGGUGGUCCUUGGGGCAGGCCAGGUGGGCAAGUCAGGUGAGUGGCGCUCUCUGGGAGUCACUCAGGUGAGAGGAAACCCAGCUUUGACGGUGCGCUUUCUCACCAGGAGGUUCAUCGGGGAAUAUGGAGACAUAGAAUCCAUCUACACCCACACUUUGGCAACGGAGGGCAGAGAGAUCCUCUUCCACAUCUGGGAUUUUCCUUGCUCACAGCAACCUUACUGCCUUGCCUGUUUCCCUUCUCAGAAGUGGGCAGAAGAGAGCUCCCCUGAGGAGAAGCGCAUCCAAUGGGCCGACGGCUUUGUCCUGGUUUAUAGCAUCUGCGACCGCGCCAGCUUCAACAGUCUGCGGCCCAAAGUCCAAGUCAUCAAGGCAGCCAAGGAAGGCCCCAGCCAGGAGAAAGUGCCCAUCGUCAUUGUGGGAAACAAGCGAGACCUCCACCACCGGCGCGCCGUCUCCAGCGAGGAAGGCCGCCUCCUGGCGCGCUCCAUGGACUGCGAGUUCUACGAAGUGUCUGCGGCAGAAGCCUAUCACGGGGCGGUCAUGGUCUUCCACGGCCUGGCAGAGCGCAUCUCUGAAGCCAAGCUGGCCCUCAAGAAAGGCAACGGCAUCCGCAGCAUUGUCAAGAGUGUCUCGGCUGUGUUCGCCCGGAAAAGGACAGACUCAAUGUGAAUUGGGCAAGGGACCUGGGGAUGCAAUGGGUCCUCUCACAGAGCUGGGUGUUGUCUCUACACCAGAAAUGGGAGGCUCCAGGGCCAGUCCAAGAGGCACUACAACAGAUGGUAACCCCAAGAGAACCCUUUUAUGGGGUUUUCUUGGCAUGGUGUUUCAAAGUAAGCUUGCCAUUGCCUUCCUCUGGGGCUCCAUGGUGGAGUGGGGAUUCGAACCCUCCCGAUAUCUCAAUCCUGCACUUAAACCUGUUCACCACCCUGCUUCUCACGUUACUUGUUACACUUUAUAUACUGGUGUUACAGGUUGAGUAUCCCUUAUCCAAAAUGUAUAUUUUGGAAUGUUUUUGUUCAGAUUUUGGAAUACUUGCAUCUACAGAAAGGGAUGUCGAGGAGACUGGAUCCAGGACUAAUUAAUUUCAUAUACACAAAAUUUGAAUGUAAUUUUGUUCAACAUGUUUUAAAAUAAUCUUGUGCAUGAAACGAAGUUGGUGUACAUUACAGCAUUACUAUCUCAGCCACCCAUGUGGACAACUUUUGAGUAUUUGGAAUUUUGCGUAAGGGAUUCUCCACCUGUACAGGCCAUUCCAUUGCAUAUAUAUCAGGGUUUCUCAACCUUCAACUCAGGGGGGAAAAUGACUGUAUGAUGUGGGACUGAGAGUGGCCCAGCAGCAUCAGGAGGAGCGGCAACAGAAGCAGCUUAGAUAAUUUGUAAAGCUAUUUUUAUUAGAAAAAAAACAGUUGUUCCUUUUGUUUUUUAUUACUGCUCCCAUUAGAAAAUGCUUAAGGAUGUGGGUGAACUACAAUUCUCAAAAUCAUGGGUCAAUCACCCCCAAGUCCUGCCUUUAUUCACAGUUGGCCACGUUGGGUCUUUGUGCCCAGUGUGGUUCAGAUCCAGUUUGGCGGGGGUCACAGGGUUCUCUGGAUACAGGGAGAACUACAAUUAUACCAUCAUGUUGGAUCAAUCCCCCCAAAGUUUGUCAUAUUUGUGCCAAGUUUGGUCCAGAUCCAUCAGUUGGGUGCACAUUACUCUGUUGAUGUGGAUGAACUGUAACUCUCAACCUCUGAGGUCAGUCCCCUCAAAACCCCACCAGUAUUCAAAGUUUGGCAUGUUGGGUAUCUGUGACAAUUUUACUAGUUCCAUCACCAGGUUGGUACAGAGUAUUCUCUGAGUGCUGGUGCACUACAACUCCCAGAAUUCAACCCCCCCCCCCCCCCCCCAGCCCCACCAGUAUUCAAUACUGACCGUGUAGGUAGUGUGCCAAGUUUGGUGCAGAUCCAAUAUUGGCUGAGUUCAGAGUACUCUUUGAUGGUAGGUUGACUAUAAAUCCCAGCAACUACAACUCCCAGUUGACAAAAUCAGUCCCCCCAACCCCACCAGUCUUCAAAUUUUGGCGUAUCAGGUAUUUGUGCCAAAUUUGGUUCAGAUCUAUCAUUUUUUGGGUUCACAGUGCUCUCUGGAUGUAGCUGAACUACAACUCCAAAAGUCAAGGUCAAUGCCCACCAAAUCCUUCCAGUAUUUUUGUUGGUCAUGGGCAUUCUGUGUGCCAAGAUUGGUUCAAUUCCAUCAUUGGUGGAGUUCAGAAUGCCCUUUGAUUGUAGAUGAACUAUAAAUCCCAGCAACUACAACUCCCAAAUGACCAAAUCAAUACCUCCCAAUCCCACCAGUAUUCAAAUUCCGUCAUAUUGGGUAUGUGUGCCAAAUCUGGUCCAGUGAAUGAAAAUACAUCCUGCAUAUCAGAUAUUUACAUUACGAUUCAUAACAGCAGCAAAACGACAGUUAUGAAGUAGCAAUGAAAAUAAUUUUAUGGUUGGGGGUCACCAUAACAUGAGGAACUGGAUUAAGGGGUCACGGCACGGGAAGGUUGAGAACCACUGAUAUAUAUAGUCUUACCCCUACUGGUGAACUAUAGAUUGUCUCAGGUAAUGCUGUUAUUUGCACAUGCAUUCUAUGAGACUCUUGAGCACAACUGAAGCCGAAUGUGUCAGGCUCGCUGGAUGUAAUCUUAGCCUUCUCUUGUAGAUUCUGGGGUCUAUCUCCUUAGUAUUAGCAGCUUACAGACAUGUCGCCAACUGCAUUUUUCUGGUGAGACAUGGGAGUCAUUGCCAAAGUCUCCUCCAGCUUCCGCUCUGUCUUGCUUCCUUGAGGCUUGGCUAGCUAUUGCCAUGCUGUAGCUGUGUGGGUGGGAGCCUAGAACUUGUUGUCCUGGUGAUCCAUACACUGACGGCAUGGCAGUUGCUCUUGUGAGUUGAUGUAUGGCACACGCCCAUACAAAGAGAGGCAUGUUUUUGUUCCAGGACCAUGUGUAGGUGCAGCAGAUCCCAGCAGAAGCUGUAACUUAUCUGCAGCUGGAAAAUUAGCUUCUGGAACCCCGACAGUCGAUGAAAGACAUAAGAAAUGGGUAGAAACAAAAGAGAGGCUUGACUGUAGGAGUUCCAGGAAGACAGGCAGAAGCAACAGGCUCAGGUGGCAAACCCUGUGUUGGCACUUUACUUUCUGUAAUAAAGAUGUAUCAAACUCUCA